AUGCGGAAUGGCUACGGUGUUGAUACAUAUCUUCCGCAUUGUUUUUCAUUGGAAGCCAUUUGCAUUCAAGAAAAUAGCGAUUUCCUAUUUCUUUCUUUGCUUCUUUCUUUCUUUUAUCGUCCAUAUCAGUUUUCUUUCUUUCUUUCUUUUAUCGCCCGUAUUAGCAUUCUUUCUUUCUUUCUUUCUUUCUUUCUUUCUUUCUUUCUUUCUUUCUUUUAUCGCCCGUAUCAUCUUUCUUUCUUUCUUUCUUUCUUUUAUCGCCCGUAUCAGCUUUCUUUCUUUCGUUCUUUCUUUCUUUUAUCGCCCGUAUCAGAUUUCUUUCUUUCUUUCUUUCUUUCUUUCUUUCUUUCUUUCUUACUUUCUUUCUUUCUUUCUUUCUUUCUUUUAUCGCCCGUAUCUGCUUUCUUUCUUUCUUUCUUUCUUUUAUCGCCCGUAUCAGCUUUCUUUCUUUCUAUCUUAAUUUGUUUCUAUCUAUCAUUCUUUCUCUUUUCUCUCUCUCUUUCUUUUUUUCUUUCUUUCAUCUCCAGUACCAGUUUUCUGAAGAAACUUCUGGUCAUACUACCUUUGCACUAA